AAGAUACGCGUUUUAAACGAAGAUGGAGACUGAGGAGGCCUCUGGGGGUGAAGACUGUCCCUUUUGCGAAAUAGCGAACAACAAGUCUGACACGGAAAUCCUGCUCAGUGACGAUGAGCUGCUGUGUUUUCGCGACAUGAAGCCCGGCGCCGCACAUCAUUACCUCGUUAUUCCCAGGACACACAUCUCCUCUUGUAAAGCUCUUCAGGCUGUGGACAUACCUCUAGUGGAGCGUAUGGUUCAAAUGGGAUGGCGUACGCUGGAGAAGAACAAAGUCAGCGACCUGGAUGAUGUCAGGAUGGGGUUUCAUGUGCCUCCAUUCUCCUCUGUUCCUCACCUUCACCUCCACACUCUGGCUCCAGCUAGUAAGAUGAACUUCAAGUCCCAACUUCACUACGGCCCACAGUCUCACUGGUUCAUCACAGUAGACAAAGUGCUAACUCAGCUGAAGAAUCGGGGCAGGGUCAAUUGAUUCCAUAAAACAAACAGUCCAAAGGUGUCUUCUUUAAUUAAGUAAUUUAUUGUCACUGUGCCUUACUGAGUGCAAUCUUGGAUCGGCUUUCCGUCCAAUUUAUCAUCUAUAUUUUAUUUCUCUUUGAUGUGUGUGCUCCCUCCAUGAGUUAGUGGUGUAGAAAAGUGGUGAAGAGUUUUUUUUAAAUAUUUGUUUUUUUAGUUUGAAGCUGUAAAAACUCGACCUCUAAAGCAGACUGCUCGUGUCAAAAGACAUGUUGUGUAGUUGGACCAUCAGUGAGGGGAGAAUGACUACUUUUGAGAUUACAUAUGAAGACUGAUAACACAUCUUCAUGCAGUUUGAAGAUAUAAAAGAAAUCACUGAAUCAUCCUCGUUUACCUUAUCAAGUCAGUCUUUGUCAGGAAGGAGAAUUACACUUUGCACAUUCAUGUUUUCUUGUUUGUUUACACAUUCAUGUUUACACAUUCAUGUUUACACAUUCAUGUUUUCUUGUUUGUUUACACAUUCAUGUUUUCUUGUUUGUUAAGUAUUGAUGAUCAAAUGAAACGCUGCUCAUACCUUUGAUGUCUUGGAGAUAAACUGGGGCUGGAUUGUCACUUCAUAUGAUGUUAUGUUUAAUACUAAUUUUAAAAACUAAUGAGAUCUUUUUUUAAUCACAUUUCAGAAUAAAUUAAGUCAAUAUUAACUUUUAAAAAAUGUUUUUUUUUUUUUACUUUCCAGAUGUGAAAUGUACAUUUCAAUUGUUAGAAACUAAUCCUUUGGUUGUUGUAUUUACAAUUUUAUGAUGCACUGCAGGAAGAGCUCAUCUGAUCUUAAACGCGACUGAAACGUUAUUUUCCUGUUUGAAAUCUUUGGUUAACAGACUUCACAGAGGUAGUUUUAGGUGUUUGCCGUUUUCUUUUGCUUUUACCUCCCUUUUUUUUGUCAAGUUCGAUCACUAAACGUUGAUGAGCCUCUAAUUAGGUUUGAUGUCAGGACCGUGACAUCAGUUCCUUUCCUGAAAACAUUAAAGCAUGGACUGACCGGUCCUUUUACUGAAUAAAAUAUAUAAAUAAACAGCAAGUUUCAGGUGUA